AUGACCAAUCGAGUCGAUUAUGACCUCAACUCCUCCAUUGAAACCUCAACCGCCAGCGUCCGUCGGGGUCAGGCAUUUCUCAAGACCCUGGCUGAGGCAGAGAGCGCUCUCUUCAGCGAUCAUGCAGAGAAUUCGAUCAGCUUUCUGGUCCCGCCGACCAAGAGGGCGCAGCGGAAGCUUCACCUUGAGAGCAACGAAGAGUCGACGAUGUUCAACACAACGAUCGAGUCGACCAUCAGCGAGUUUUCGACUGCAUCGCAUGUCAAGAGCAUAGACAAGAGGGAGUACGAGCUCCGGAGGGAGCUGAAGAAGAAGGACGGAGAGAUUCUGCAUGCCAGGAUGUUCAACAAGACCUUGCAAGAGCACCUUGCAGCCAAUGAGACCAACCUCGAUGUGCUGCAGCGAAAUCUGGAGAAGGUGGCGCAAAAAGACAGAGAGUCAGGCUCAAAGAUUCUGCAGCUGGAAGGUUACAUACACAGCAGGGAUGAACAGUUUUCAGAGCUGCAAGCCAAGUAUCAAACCCUCAAGGCAUGCUUUGAUGAGAUGAUGGAGAGCGCUACUGCAAAGCAGCAUGAGCUGCAAGCGAAAGUUGCGAGCGAGGUGAAAAAGGGCUCUGAGUUGGCGGAUAGCAUCGGGAGGCUGCAGACAGAGGUGGAUGGGCUGAGAAGGAAGGAGGAGAUGUUGGAAAGGGAGCGAGAUGAGCUCCUCAAGGAUGUUGAGGAGAUGAAAGUUGAGAUGUCAAAACUUGAACAAGCUUGCAGUGGAGAGAGAAGGAAGCUUGAGGAGAGAGAUGAGGAGUUGGCUGAACGCAAGGAAGCGUUAAGGACGCUGCAUGCGAGCUGCGAUGAGCAGGCGUUGAAGUUGCAAUACCAUGAUGAGAUUGAGGCGACGAUGGGUGCGAGGAUAGAGGAGCUGAAAGAGGCUCUCCGCAUUCAAGAGCAGGAGCUGAGAGAAGUCAGGAGGGAGAGCGGAGCUGCAAUGAGGAAGGCGUUUGCCAACUUCGACGCGUUCCUGGUGCAGCACGUUGUGAAGAUGCAGAGGCAUCGGGUAGCUCAUCUCAUGUUCUUGACUUGGGCUCUCAGCGCCAAGUCCAAGGUCCUGCGGAUGGGACACUUCCUGAAGAGCUUGCAGAGGAAGGUCAGCGCGCAUGAUGUGAUGAAGAUUUCGUUCAAUGCCAUGAGGCCGGAGAGCAGGACGUCGCUGAUGAAGGUUGUGGUGAAGGGACAAGAGAAGUCGAUCAUGGCUGCGAGUUUCUCAGAGUGGAGGAAGAGGGUGAAGAAUCUCAACGUGAUGAAGCGGAUUGGCGUUAACUUCGUCAGUUACAACCUGCAAGUGAUCUUGCGCGGUUGGAAGAGACUGUGCAAGGCCAGGAAAAUGUCUCAGUCGGCAUUGAUGGCAAGCAGGGCGGGGCUGUUGCAGUCUGCCUUCUGCCAGUUGAAGAGCAUCGUGUCGACGAAGAACCUCUGGAGGAAAAAGGAGAUGGCGCUUUCAUCCAAGAGGAUGAGGAUGACGGUGGUGGAAAUGUUUGCAAGCUGGUUGCACGUGAAGGACUCGGAGAAGAAGCUGAAGAAUCUGCUGCUGAGGUGGAACAUGGGGCAAGGAGUUUCAUGCUCCAGGAGAUACUUCUCUAUGUGGAGUCAUGCGAUCUACUCUCAGAUUUCCUUCUCCAACAGGCUGAAACGAGCUGCCUUCAUGCGCUCCAAGUUCAGCCUGAUCACCGUGCGGACGAUGAUGGCGGCAUGGAGGAGGCACGUGGGGAUCUUGGUGAAGUGCCGGAGGAGCUUCAAGGAGAGGAUGAGAGGAGAUGUUGGGGUUUGCUUUGAGAAGCUGAGCGUCAAUGCGCAAGAGAUGAAGGAGGGAAGGUUGAGGUUGCAAAACUUGAGGAUGAGGAAAGGGCAGAACCAGCUGAAGGUGCUGUUCGGAGGUUGGAAGGAUCACUUGUUCGAGAUGCAACACAGGCUGAACAUCAUGGCAAGGACUUUGUCUCUUGUCUUUCAGAAACACCUUCAGUUGAGCUUUCAGACCUGGGCUGCUGUCACUUCAAUGUCCAGGAGGCAUCUCGUUGCGCAGUCGAAGAUCAACGAUCGAAGUUCUCGCUCCUGCCUCAAGUUUCACUUCUCCUCCCUUGCUCGACACGCCAGAACCAUCGGGCUGCGCCGGAGGAAAGUGCAAGCUCUCUUCUCCCGCAUUCUCCUUCGGCUUCUGGCUACUUUGACGUCCUCUUGGCGUACGCUGAUGACUCGCUCCAAGGUUUGCCGUAAGAAGAGCAGCGAUAUGAUGGUUGCAAAGAGCGUGAGGAUGAAAAAUUUUGCUUUCCACACUCUUCUCGGGUUUGCAGACGACAAGGUGAAAGCUCGACAUGUAUGCGACAAGGUUGAAAGAGUGAGAAGAAGGGGACUCCAAGUGUUGUGCUGGUUGUCUUUGAGCAAGAAAGUCGCAGACUCAAGGGUAAUGUUCAGCAGACUUGAGGCGAUGAAGAUGAGGAGAUUGUUUGCUGGCUGGAGAAAGUCUAUCUUGUUCAUCAAGAUGUGCUGUGAAGUGAAAUUCAACGUUACAUCAUCUUUGUCUGCCAAGAGGAAGUUGUUGUACCGACAUCUGACAGGUUGGAGGGAAGUGAGAGGGGUGCUGUUGUCAUUCAGGGCGAUGUAUCAUGUUAUGGUGGUGGAGAAGCAGAACAAGAGCCAAGAAGUCUUAAUGUCAAAGAAAGAGAAAGACAGGCAAGCAUUUCUGUCUGUUCUGCUUCAAAUCAAUGAUCCCCAACAAUCCAGCAAGGUCAACUUGGGAAUGAGUGCUUUUGCAUGCUGGUUGGCAACUUUCCAUCAGAAGAGACAUGCUUGCAAAACGAGCAAGCUUCAUGAGAUGGUUGGAAGAGGCCAUGAUGACGAGGAGAUUCAAGAAGCUCUCGAGGAGGGGGAGGACGAGGGCUGGUCUUCGGUGUCUGACCUCUUGUAUGAGAGCAUGGGGCUGCCGCACGCUCAGAAGUCAGACUACGAUCAUCGCAUGCUUGCGGUACGUGUCGAGAAGACGCUUGAGGGCAAGACAGAGUGUCCUGAGAGCAUGGCGGACACUAGCGCUUGUUGA